AUGAGUGACGAACAAGACGUUGAUAAUGCUUCCCUCGACCAACUUCGUGAUAUCUUGAUUAACAAGUCUGGUGAUGUUAAAUUAGCAAAUAGAUUUAGAGCUUUAUUCAAUUUAAAAUGUAUAGGUUCAGAAAUUGAUACUGAUAAAGCUCGUGCUGAUAUUGCUGUUCAAUAUAUUGGUGAAUGUUUUAAAGAUAGUUCGGAAUUAUUAAAACAUGAAGUUGCCUAUGUUCUUGGACAAACUAAAAAUAUGACUGCUGCUCCAAUCUUGAGAAGUAUUUUGAUUGAUGAUAAAGGUCAACAAGUUAUGGUUAGACAUGAAGCUGCUGAAGCACUUGGUGCUCUUGGUGAUAAAGAUUCACUUGAAUUAUUACAAGAUUAUUUUAAAAAUGAUCCACUAAUUGAAAUUAGACAAACUUGUGAAUUAGCCAUUGAAAGAAUUCAUUGGGAAAAUUCUGAAAAAUCUAAAACUGAAAAUUUACAAUUAAGUCUUUAUGAAUCAAUUGAUCCUGCUCCUCCAUUAGCUAUUGAUCAAGAAUAUAAAAUUGAAAAAUUGAAAAAUAUUUUAAAUGAUCAAGAUACUUCAUUAUUUGAACGUUAUAGAGCAAUGUUUAGAUUAAGAGAUAUUGGUACUGAUGAAGCUUGUUUAGCUUUAGCUUCUGGAUUUGAUGAUGAAUCUGCUUUAUUUAAACAUGAAAUUGCCUAUGUGUUUGGUCAAAUAUGUAAUCCUGUUACAGUUCCAUCUUUAAUUAAAGUAUUAAAAGAUGUUAGAGAAGCUCCAAUGGUUAGACAUGAAGCUGCUGAAGCUCUUGGUUCAAUUGCAACUGAUGAAGUUUUACCAAUUUUACAAGAUAUUAAAAAAGAUGAUGAAGAUGAAGUUGUUAGAGAUUCUGCUGUUGUUGCUUUAGAUAUGUGGGAAUAUGAAAAUUCUGGUGAAUUAGAAUAUGCAACAACUGCUUGA